AUGCCACUUGUCACACACACAAGCACUGACAUUAGCUCCAACCGAUAUUUCGGAGAACAAGACGACAUUGAAGAACCCACCUCUGAGCACAAUGACCUUUUUUCUUCCCUUCCACAACCUCUCUCAACUUUGCAUCACCAUUACCAAGCUGCUUCUAGGUCCGCUUCCAUGAUAACGAACCAUCAAACACCUUCCAUGUUCCACUGUGAUGGUGGCCUUGAAACCGAUGACCAUCCUCAUCAUGGACAUACAUUCAAAAUUUUAAUAAGUGGUGGAGGUUUUGCUGGACUCGUUGCCGCCUACUAUUUGUUAAAUCAUACCAAUCAAUUUGCAACGAACUAUCAUGGUAAUUUACCAAUUGAAAUUACUAUUGUAGAAAAAGCUUCCAUGUAUAGACAAGUGGGUGCUGUUAUCACACUGGAAGGAGACCAAGUGUUGCGUACUUUGAAGGAAAUGAAUAUCGAAGAAGAAUUGAGUAGCAUUGAGAUUCCAAGAACAAAACAACAUUUUUUCACACAUAAUGGUCGUCAUGUGAGAAGUUUUGAUGAGAGUUCAGUUUCAAAAUAUAAGGAAGAGGGAAGAAGAUAUGAAAGGCACAAAUUCCAUGAAAUUUUGAUGAAAAGAAUCAAACCGAUGAUUGUCAGACGAGACGGAAAUGUCACAGUUUUAACAAAUGUUGGUGGAAAUGGAGCAGACUCGAAUCAUGAAAAUUAUGAUGAUAAUCAUUUCCGAAUGAAUCGUGUCAUUUACAGUAUGAGACCAAGUUUGUUUAAUAAGGACAAGAUUGAGGUUACUCUAAUGAGAAAAACUGAUUGGUUGCAUUUACAAAAUCAGAAAGAAACUCAGACAUUAAGAAAAACACAAAUCCCAAGAAAAGCGCUCGAUUGCAGUAACUUGGAUGAGAAAAAGGAAACUCCAAUGAACAGACUAUCCAAGCUUCAAAAGAGAAAAUCUACAGGAUCUUCAGGAGAUUUACAACAAUUAGAAGAAGCAGCAAUUGAAAAAGAAAAACAACAAACGACACCUGUGGGAAAAGAAUCUCCUGGAUGGAGAAGAUUUUUCCAAAAAAAGGAAAUUCUUGCUCAAUCACCUGCUACAACAAGGAAAGAAACACCAUGUUCUUCGCCUUCUUCUGUCACAACACACACGAAUAGAACCAAUUCAUCAGAAAGCCCCUUACAAGUGAGAGAUAGAAGCACUUCAAUGAGAGACCUUUUCAUUACUUUUAAUGAUGGUGAAGAUUUUGAAAACGCAGUGUAUCAAACGAUGGAAGACCGUAAACUUUAUAAUAUUGAAAAAGAAGAAUUCGAUUUGGUCAUUGGAGCUGAUGGAAUUCACAGUCAAACAAGAGCACUAAUAUUUGGUGAUGAAAGUAACUUUAAACACUUUUUAGGAGUUGGAUACUUUUGUUUUAUUGUAGACUUGGUACUUUGUGAAGACGAUAUGCAAAAGAUCAGUGAAAAAUAUUGGAGUAAUGUUUAUGGAGAUGCUAAGAAACUGUCGUCAACAGAGUCUUUUGAUCCAGCACAAAUUAACUCCAUUCCUGGUUUGGAAUCAUUGACGCCCGAACGAUUGUCACGUAUGUUAGAAGCCUCAAAAAAGAUUGCUGAGCAUGUUAAAGAUACUGAAUCAGCGUCAGUUCUUCUCACUAACGGAAGAUAUCUUAAUGUAUUAAGAUAUGGAUCAAAGAUAGCUGUCACAUGUGUAAAUAGAGAACCCUCAGAGGAAGAAAUGGAAAAGGACAGCCAAGUGUACAGUGUUGGAAUUAACAAGUCCUUUGUAGAUGAAUCUCAACAAGAGAAGAGAAUGACAGUCUCCAUGAAUGAUUUGGGAAAGCAUGAAAAACAUGAAUCUAUUCCUGAAAAACUCAGAAAGCGGUUCUCUCUGUUUAAAAAGACGACUCCAGAAACCCAUUCAAAACAUGAUACCUCCAACCAUAAUCCAUCCAUCACAAAUCAAUUUUAUUCUUUUGAUGCUAGCAAAAUGCAUGAUUACCAUUUUGACAACACUCUUACUCACGAUAGUUCUAGUUCAAGCUUACACACCAGUAGUGGUGACAGCACUGAGACAGAUCAUGAAGAAGAAAUGUAUGAGGAGGAUGAAGAAAUUGCUGAAGCAUUUAUGGAAAUGGUGAAUGAAUCUGUUGCUGCAAAACAAAGCAUGACACCAAAUACUGAUAACACUGUAGAUGCUACUACUCAACAUCAACUCUCAUCUACCGAACACUUCAAAGAGGUUGAAUGUUCAGCAACGUCCAAUGAAUCAACGUCUAAAAAGAAAAAACAAGACAAAUCUCAUCACUCAAAGACGUUCUUUAUUUCAGCAGAGAAACGCAAAACCUUUUUAAAAGAAAAGUUUAAGGAUUGUGAAUUUCUCUUCCAUGAUAUCAUGGAGCUCGUUCUUGACAGUCGAACUAUUUAUUAUGACGAUUUAGCUCAAAUUAGAAAUCUUGACAAGUGGCAUAAGGGAAGAUGUGUACUCGUUGGUGAUGCCUGCCAAGCAUUGACACCGUUGAGUGGUAAAGGAGGUGCUCUUGCCAUUAUCGCAGCCAAAAAGUUGGGCCAAGAGUUGAGAACAGCCUUAGAAAUUCAUGCAUCCAAAGAAGGUGAAGAAAAUUUACAUACCAUUCCAUUGGAAAGGAGUGUUUUCUUUGGUAGUUGUUUGGAAACUGCGUUCAAUAAUUAUCAAUCAGCCAUGCAAGAAAGAAUCAAACAAGUUCAAAAGAAAACAGUGUGGGAAGGUGUGGAUGUGUUUUUAGCAAAAUCAAGUGUGAAAAGAAUGGUUCGAGAUGGAGCGUUGAGAUUUUUACCAAAGAGCGUCUUGUUGAAAAUGACAAAGAAAGAGGAAGAGAGUUAUUAA